CUCGGACUUGCAAAAUUGACAACUUUUUUAUUUUAUUUUAUUUUCACCAACUUUCGCGGUCCUUGAGGUAUUAUCGCCAUCAGUUCAACCUGACAAUCGGCGAAGAAACUCAAUUGCCGUCCCCACCAAUUCUGAAAGUCCACCACUUUCGGCCCACCCCCCUCCAACCCCAAAUUCAACAAUCAUGGCCGCCAACGACGACCACAUCCUGACGCUGUCAUGCCCGGACAAGCCGGGCAUCGUCCACGCCGUGACUGGCAUCUUUGCCUCGCGGUCGGUCAACAUUCUUGACCUGAAGCAGUUCUCCGACACGGGGUCGCAAAAGUUCUUCAUGCGGGUGCACUUUGGCCCAGUGGCCGAGACGGCGGACCUCUCUGCCGACUUCUCGGCUCUGGCGUCGCAGUACGACCCCAUGACCUGGGACAUCCGGCCCGUGGCGCAAAAGACGCGCGUCCUGAUCAUGGUGUCCAAGAUCGGCCACUGUCUCAACGACCUGCUGUUCCGCGCCCAGAGCGGCCGCCUCGCCGUCGACGUGGCCCUCAUCGUGUCCAACCACCCCGACUUUGCGCCCCUGGCCGCCAGCCACGGCGUCGAGUUCCGCCACCUGCCCGUCACCAAGGAGACCAAGACCCAGCAGGAGGAGGAGAUCCUCAAGCUGGCCAAGGAGCGCGACGUCGAGCUCAUCGUCCUGGCCAGGUACAUGCAGGUGCUCAGCCCCACGUUGUGCGAGGCCAUGAGCGGCCGCAUCAUCAACAUCCACCACAGCUUCUUGCCGUCCUUCAAGGGCGCCAAGCCGUACCACCAGGCCUACGACCGCGGCGUCAAGAUCAUUGGCGCCACCGCUCACUUUGUCACUGCUGAUCUGGACGAGGGUCCCAUCAUCGAGCAGCGCAUCUCGAGGGUCGACCACGGCAUGACGCCCAAGCAGCUGGUCGAUGAGGGCUCGUCCAUUGAGGCUUUGGUGCUUGGGGCUGCUGUGCAGUGGUUUGCUGAGAGGAGGGUAUUUUUGAACAAUUCAAAGACUGUGGUUUUCAACUAGGGCCUCAGUCGGCUUACGAUACAUUUUAUACUCAAAAAGGACCUGCCUUUUUUGGAUAGGAGAAGCAAAAAGCGGGCGUAGACAAGGGACACAAAAAGAUUGGUUUUAAUACACAUCACAAGUUGUUUCACCAAUGAUACCACUCGUACCAAGCAAACAUGAUUCAGUAAUGCAGUACUUUUCUUGUCUG